UCUUCUCUAUAAAUAUAUAAAAUAAACACUUUCCUUUUCACUUCCUCUGUAAAACCCUAAUUAUCAUUCGAUCUCUUUCUUUCCCUCUUUCUUUCCUUCGUUCUCCCAAAAAUCUCAGCUUUUCUUUUUCGCUUCUUUCAAUCUUUCGAUCAUUUCUUUUCGAAACCCUAAAUCUUGUUACAAGAUCUGUUGGUAGCUUUACAUUUUCUUUUUCUUGGAGAUUAUAAUUGGCAGGUUUUCUAGGGUUCCUUUAAUUGGAAAAGAGAGGGUGAUUUUGGGUCAAGGCUGGCGGGUUUUCGGGUGAAGUAAAUGGCGGAUCCGCCUGGACUCCGCCCCUAUAAGAUUGCUAAUCUUUUGGAAGACAUUUCUUGUUUCGCUGCUGCUGUUUCUAGGUUUAGUGUGGGAUUGGAUUCGAUAGGGUUGCAAAGCGGUGAACGUUGCGAACUGUGACAGACAAAGGAAGCCGGAGAAGUUAAAGCAUGCUGAGCGUGCUACGGGUGCACCUCCCUUCUGAUAUUCCAAUUGUUGGCUGCGAGCUCACGCCUUACGUGCUCUUGCGCAGACCGGACAAGAGCGUUACCACCGAUGAUGUGCCCGAGUUGGCCCCUCUUGAUGGUCAUUUCUUGAGGUACAAGUGGUAUCGUAUACAAAGUGAUAGAAAAGUUGCUGUCUGUAGUGUACAUCCCUCCGAGCAAGCCACAUUGCAGUGCCUAGGUUGUGUUAAGGCUAAAAUACCUGUUGCUAAAAGUUAUCAUUGCUCUCCUAAAUGCUUCUCAGAUGCAUGGCAGCAUCACCGUGUUCUACAUGACCGUGCUGCAAGUGCUGUAAACGAAAAUGGAAAUGAGGAGGAAGAGAUAUUUGGCCGUUUCAAUAGCUCAGGAUCUGGAGUUAUUAAUGCUAGCUUAACUGGUUCGGCGUCAAGCACUAGCUUGACCAAUGGCUCAACACCUCUAUACCCUGCUGCAGUUACACAGAGAAGUGGUGGUGAAACCUGGUUUGAAGUUGGACGCUCUAAAACAUAUACACCAACAGCAGAUGAUAUUGGCCAUGUUCUCAAGUUUGAGUGUGUUGUCGUAGAUGUGGAAACUAAACUACCUGUGGGACAUCCCAAUACUAUUUUGACUUCUCGUGUUAUUCCAGCACCUUCCCCUAGUCCUCGGCGCUUGAUCCCGGUGAGCGGAGCUGAUAUGAUGGGGCAUCUAGAUUCAGAUGGCCGUAUUUCCUCCUCUGGAACGUUUACUGUUCUGUCAUACAACAUUUUGUCUGACUCAUAUGCCAGUAGUGAGUUAUACAGUUAUUGCCCUUCAUGGGCUCUUUCUUGGCCAUAUCGCAGACAGAACUUGUUGCGGGAAAUCGUUGGUUAUCGUGCAGACAUUGUCUGUCUUCAAGAGGUGCAAAGCGACCAUUUUGAAGAAUUUUUUGCCCCUGAGCUGGACAAACAUGGGUAUCAAGCUUUAUACAAGAGGAAGACUAAUGAGGUUUAUACUGGAAAUACCCAUACAAUUGAUGGCUGUGCAACAUUUUUCCGUAGAGAUAGAUUUUCCCAUGUCAAAAAAUAUGAGGUUGAAUUUAAUAAGGCUGCUCAAUCUUUGACUGAGGUUGCAGUUCAAACUACUCAGAAGAAAGCUGCUUUAAAUCGAUUGGUUAAGGAUAAUGUUGCUCUAAUAGUGGUUUUGGAAGCAAAGUUUAGUAAUCAGGGAGCUGACAAUCCUGGGAAGCGGCAGCUUCUUUGUGUGGCAAACACACAUGUAAAUGUUCAACAAGAGCUAAAGGAUGUCAAAAUCUGGCAGGUGCAUACUCUCUUAAAGGGCUUGGAAAAAAUAGCCGCAAGUGCAGACAUUCCAAUGUUGGUGUGUGGGGAUUUUAAUUCAGUUCCUGGAAGUGCUCCCCAUUCACUUCUUGCUAUGGGAAAGGUAGAUCCACUACAUCCAGAUUUAUUGAUAGAUCCUCUUGCAAUUUUGCGUCCUCACAGCAAGUUGACUCAUCAGUUGCCAUUGGUUAGUGCUUACUCAUCCUUCGCAAGAGGUGUUGGUCUUGGUUUGGAACAACAGAGAAGAAGAAUGGACCCCACAACUAAUGAACCGUUAUUCACAAAUUGCACUAGAGAUUUCAUCGGCACCCUAGAUUACAUAUUUUACACAGCGGACUCUUUAACAGUGGAGUCCUUAUUGGAACUCUUGGACGAGGAUAGCUUGAGGAAAGACACAGCCCUACCGUCUCCAGAGUGGUCGUCCGAUCAUAUAGCACUGCUAGCUGAAUUUCGGUGCAUGCCUAGGCCUAGACGCUGACACUUUAAGCUGCUGCAUGUUGUAUAGGUCUUGGAGACGCCCAAGAAAAUGGCCCAGAGAAGCCGAUGGAUACAGAUAAGUUAUUGUAAGAAUGGUAGAUCGUGCUCCCUGUGUUUUAAGGUAUCUCUUUGAGGGAUCCUUGCUGUGAUCUGCUGCUUUGUACUAUGUCACACCUUUGUUUCAUAGAAAAUCAUUAUGCCUUUGUCAAUUUCUUUUCUUUCUUUUUUCAAUAGAAAUGUCCACCGGCUCAGUAUAAUUAGUCAAUUGUCCUGUACUUUAAAUUCCCUACAAAAAGCAAGUGGCCCUCCUCCUUUCAUCUUAAGUUCCAUGUUGCAUUUUCGUCUCCGAGGAAUAAUAUUCAAUUUUUUUUCC